UCAAUCGUCUUUGUAUCCUUGAAUCGCAAUACUACCUUUCGGACUGUUGAGCGCGACUUUCCGGUGAGUUUUCCUAUUUCCGCAUAAGUCGCAUUUGGAUUUUGUAAGUAAAUUUCAACUAGGGUAAAUGUCCUAAUUCAAAACUAUUUCCAGACGCUUUAACUUUGACAGAAGGAAGAUUCAACACUUUAAGUUCAUAUUUUUUCUGAAGAGAAUUAUAUAAAUUUGUUCCAUGACUCUUCUAGAAUGUUACUGUUUAGUGAAAAUUCUUUAGAUAUAAUUUGAAAAUUUCUUAAAUAGGGGAAAGUACUCUCCCUUCGAAAGUUCAUGCCUUCGAAUACUGUGAAUUUCUUCGACUUUUCUUAAACACUUGCACAUUUAUAUUAAAUAUUCGUUAGAUCAUUAUAAAUCACGAGUCCCCUCCAAAAAUUGUGGGCCUAAUGAUUCGUUUUUAUGUUUUUUUGAAGAAAUAUUAAAAAUGGGCUCAACACUUAAUUUUACUGGUCAACUUAAUAUCUGUUUUUUUUUCUAUUUAAAAUUUAUUUUGGAAGAAAGUUACUAUUGUAGUAUAUAAAGGGUUAAUUAGGGUUGAUAUUUGUUAAGAUAGUUUUCCUCAAGAAGGAAACUAUGUGUGUGGAUGGUGGAAAAAUUAGAAAGCCACCCAUACGCAGGGUUGGAAUUUUAGAGUUACAUGCCUUCGAAUGUUCAUGUGGCAACUCUACCGCCAUUUGAUGUCAUAUGAUUGCUCGACAUAACCUCACAGUUUUGUUUACUUUUGCUUCAUGUGUGGUAAAAGAAUUUUGAAGUAUUCUCAGAUAUUUUGUUUUGAAAUUUAAUGAAAGUGACUGAGAAAAAAUGAAAGAGAAAUUCUGAGCAAAAUCAUGUGGGAGUACAACCCAACAAUGCCGGUGCUCGAGUCUAUUCCGCAAUUGUGCUCAUAUUUGACCUCAUCAUGAUCUUUGUGCAGUGGACCUAUUUUGUAUUUGAGGGCAUCUACCUACUCUUCAAGCCACCGGAAGAAAAAUCUGUGGUGGGGGAGACUGUCCUGAUAACAGGAACUGAUCAUGGGAUUGGCAGGGAAAUGGCACUCCAAUAUUCAGCACUGGGAGCCACAGUUGUCUGCUGGGACAUCAAUGAGGAAGGAAAUAAGGAAACUGUGAAAGAAAUUUGCUCCCGUAAAGGAAAAGCCCAUGCAUUUGUGUGUGACGUCUCGAAGCGUGAGGAGAUCAUUGAGGUGGCCAAGAAGGUUAAAGCGGAAGUCGGAACUGUGACGAUCUUGGUCAAUAAUGCCGGCAUCAUGCCCUGCCAUCCUUUCCUGCAGCAUACCGAUGCGGAAAUCCGCAAAAUCUUCGAUAUUAAUAUUUUGGCGCACUUUUGGAUGAUGCAGGCCUUCCUCCCUGACAUGAUCGCCAAACGUCAUGGUCACAUCGUUUUACUUUCAUCCAUGGCGGGAAUUGUUGGACUGCAAAAUCUUGUGCCAUACUGCGGAUCCAAAUUUGCUGUUCGUGGACUCACCGAAGCCAUCAAAGAUGAAGACUGAAAGACACAAUGAAGCCAAACCCGGAUGCUUCCGGAUAAUUAGUGGGCAGAAAUCGCUAGGACAACAAGUGCAAGAGGAUUUUUGGGAAGGCACAAGUAUGCCUUUUUAUUCUAAAUUUUGCUCUAAAACUUUACAUUUAUAUUCAAUUGUCACAAGUAACAAAUAGACAGUACACUUCAUUGGUAAAAUAUCACAUAAUGAGACGCAAUUUUCAACAUUUUUCUUUUAUUUCCGGAAUCUACAUAACCUCAAUUUAUUAACUUCUAACUCUCGAAGCAUCACCCUUCUCUUUUUAAAGUCGUAUUUUAGGGUUGACAUAUCGAUAAAUGGCGUUUCUAUCAAUUUUUGGAAAGAGAAAAGCAGUAAUUGACAAAAAAAUUAAAAAGAUUCUAUUUACUCGCGCUUUUCACUGCAGUGAUAGUUUCAGUGAAUGAAUUAGACCUCCAGCUAGUUCAUAAUAGGUCGUUUAAUGUAUCGUCAGCAAUAUUUUCCGAGAAAAUUCAAGAUUCACAGGCAUGUACCGCCACAUUCGAAGGUAAAAACUGCACCAUGGGUUGGACCAAAUCGACACAAUAUCUUUAACAUUCUUGUAAGAAGAAACUAAGAACUUUUGAAUCCUAAAUGAUGUAGGCGUGGAAUCUUAAAGAACUAGAGACUUUGUCGGUGCAUCGAAAAUUAACAUACAAUGUCAAUUUUCCCAGAAGAAAAUGUUAAUGUUUGAACUUCGUUUUUCUGGUCCAACCUAGAGUACUUUCCCCUACAAGAAAAAUACGCGAGCGUAAAAUUCUUCUAUUGGAAACAAAUUAAUCCAAAUGGAGACAAGGGAAAGUUUCUAAUUGGAGACAAACAGUGUAAGUGGCAUCGCGACGAAAGGCUUCCAAAACCUUGUUGAGUUGCUCUUGAGUGCAGGAUUUGUUCUUAUUCCUGGUCUUUUCUCCUUUCCCAUCUAAAACAAUAAAAAAA